CAGAUGGUCACUUUAGUGUGGAGUGGACGCACACAUCACACACUCGGGGCACCCUUUGGUGUUGGUGUCGGCUUAAAAAUAUCCCAUCGUGUGCUCUUCUAAAUUUAAAGAAAUAUGCCCGGGCUGCAGCAGACAACUGUUGACAUGUUCUAUUUGUAUAUUUAAAAAAAAAAAAAAAAAAAAAAACUAUGUCAAUGAUGUAAAUGGAGUUGAUGGUUUUAUCAUCUUUGAUGCUUAUGGACAGUUUACAUGUGUUGCCAUGUUAGUACAGGAGUUUAUCUGGACAGAAUUCGCUCACGGUUGGAACAUUGUCCAUGGAACACCGAGGGCAGCUUUAUCUAAUGUGUGAAGAUGAAGUUGACGUGGGUGCAAUGAAGUUCACGAGCAGAAAUCAUGAUAACCAGGCUUUAAUCUGCUUUGCACACACAGGUAGUUCCAUGAAAGAAGCCUGCUGUGGAGGUUCGAACCGAGAAAGAUGGACAUCCGCGUCGCCAGCAUCGUCCUCCUCAUGGCCGCUCUGGUCGCGGGCCACGGCAAGAGCUACGUGGUCAAGAAGGUGGUGAAGGCCGCUCCCCAGUACGAGCCGUACCACGUCAAGAGCCAGGUGGUGGCAGGUGAGCCUGGUAUUCCAGGUGAGCCUGGCCCCAUGGGCCCUCCCGGCCCCGCUGGCCCUCCAGGUAAGAGCGGCGUCGGCCAUCCAGGACCCCACGGACCUCCCGGCCCUCCUGGAUCUCCCGGUCGUUCCAUCACUGGCAAAUCCGGAACCCCCGGCGGACCCGGCAAACCCGGUAUCCCCGGAGCACCUGGUGAGAAAGGACACACCGGUGCCACCGGAGCCCAAGGACCCAGGGGUGCUCCCGGUUCUCCCGGAAGCCCCGGACCCGCUGGCCUCUCUUCUACUGGCAAGCCCGGACCCUCUGGUCUUCCUGGAGCAAUGGGACCAAGAGGAGAGCCUGGUCUGAAAGGACAUCCCGGUGUUCCUGGCCUUCCAGGUCCCAAGGGUGAUAGAGGUGUAGGAAUUCAAGGACCCCAGGGUGCCACAGGCCCAAUGGGAGCAACCGGAGCAACCGGAGCUCCAGGUCAGCCUGGAAUUGGCAAGCCAGGAAAGUCAGGUAUGCCCGGUGAGCCAGGAAAGUCAGGUAGCCCAGGUAGAGAUGGUGCCCCUGGUCCCAUGGGACCACAGGGACCUAAGGGACACACCGGUGCCCCCGGAGUAGGUAUCGCUGGCAAACCCGGUGAUAACGGUGCCCCAGGCCUGCCUGGCCCAGCUGGACAAAAAGGCAACCAAGGACCUUCUGGAGCCCCCGGAGCCCCAGGAGUCCCAGGAUUCGGAAAGCCCGGUGCUAACGGAGAGAAGGGAGAGAGAGGUUUCACUGGCAGCCCAGGAGCCACUGGUCCCAAGGGUGAGCAAGGUCCUACCGGAUAUACCGGUGCCACUGGUGCCACUGGAGCUACUGGUCCCAUGGGCCCCGCUGGCGUGAGAGGUUUCCCAGGUGAGCCUGGUGCUGCUGGCCCCAAGGGUGACACCGGUGCCACCGGAGCUCCAGGAGCCAAGGGCAACAAGGGUGAGAUGGGACCACAAGGUUUCCAAGGCAAACAGGGUUACACCGGCCCAGCUGGUCCUGCAGGAGCCAGAGGAGCCACUGGAGCCACUGGUGAGAAGGGUCCCGUUGGUGCCCCCGGUACCCCAGGUGCCCCAGGUAUUCCUGGUCCCGCUGGACCUAAAGGUCUCCCUGGCCGCGCCGGUGAGCCCGGUGCCGCCGGCUCUGACGGCGCCACCGGCGCCCGUGGACCUUCUGGACCUCAGGGUCCCGCCGGCGCCCCCGGCCACAAGGGACACCCAGGUCUGCCCGGAGCUCCCGGCCCCGCUGGCAUCGCCGCUAAAGGCGUCCCCGGACCUCAGGGUGCCCCCGGUCUUCCCGGCGAGAGCGGCUCCGACGGCGAGCCCGGUCCCGUCGGCCCUCCCGGCCCCCCAGGACCUCCCGGUGAGGUGAUCUUCGAGAAAGGUAUGGGAAUGGGAAUGACCGAGGUGAUGGUCAAGGCCCCCAUGUCCGCCUUCACGGCAGCUCUGACCACUCCCUACCCGGCCUCCGGCAGCCCCAUCAAGUUCGACCACAUCGUGUACAACGCCGAGAACCACUACGACCCCGACUCCGGCAUCUUCACGUGCCAGAUCCCAGGAGUUUACUACUUCUCCUACAGCAUCCACGUGAACGGCGCCCACGCCCUGGUGGCCCUCUACAAGAACGACCAGCCCGUCAUGUUCUCUUACGACGAGUACAACAAGGGCUUCCUCGACCAGAUGUCCGGCAGCGCCGUGCUCCUGCUGAACGAGCAGGACACCGUGUACGUGCAGAUCCCCGACGAGGAGGCCAACGGAGUCUUCGCCGCCGAGAACGUGCACUGCUCCUUCUCGGGCUUCCUGAUCGCCUCGACGUGAUAGGUCGGUCCCCCGAGACGCGAAACCCAAAAAGCCCCCAACCAACAUAUAAUGUGCUCCCUAUUGCUCCAACCCAAGAGUCAACCGCAAACCGUUGGCUCCUGUCUUUGAGGAAUAGAAGCACGUCGACUUGAAAACUACAACAACAACAACUAGGUGCUUAGAAGAAGGAAAGAAAAAAAAAAAAAAAAACAAAAUCUUAAUUUAUGUAAACGGGAGAUAAGGGAUGGGGGGGAAAGCGAUUCACAACAUGACCCGCAAGUUGCUUUUCGGAACGGAGACAGCACGGGAACCCGAGGUGUUAUAUCUGUGUCGUGUCCUGGGUUUAAUUUUUUUCUUUGUUUAUUUUAUUUUCCUUUUCUUUUCCACUCUUUCAUAAAGACUCUGACUGGUGAUUCUGACUUUAUAGUUUGUCUCUUUUUUUUUUUUUUUUUUUUUUUU